AUGGAGUGCCCAGUGAAAGAUGGGAUCCUCUAUAUCCAUCAUCCAAAAUUUGGGAAGAAGACCUGGCGGAAGGUAUGGGCCCAGCUUUUUGCCGACAGUCCCUCCGGUGUUGCACGGCUAGAGUACUUCGAAGCUCGUGAAGGGGUCAAAGCAGAAAAGGCAACUCUGCGGAAGGGGGAGCGCAAGGUGAUCCGACUUUCAGAUUGUGUCUCCGUGGAACGGGCGGAGGAACAGAGCUCUCCCAAGGACACCACACCCUUUUGUUUAUGCAUGAUGGAGCGCAAUUGCUUCCUGGCAGUGGAUCAGCCAGAUGAGUGGAUAGAAUGUAUUUGCCAACUGGCAUUUCAGAAAACUCCUGGCCCAUGCAGUACAGUGGUGAACACCCUCAGCCCACGUCCCCUAAUGGAAGAGAAUACUAUUUACUCAUCCUGGCAGGAAGCAUGCGAGUACCCUGUGGUGGUACUCCCCACGGAGGCCUCUGCCCGAUGUCACCUGAAGGGAAACUACUUGGUGGUCCCUUUAUUUGAUCAGUUGGUGCUGAAGGAUGUGCAAACUGGGCAAACACUCUAUAACUGGCCUUACACUUUCCUUCGAAGAUUUGGCCAGGAAAAGACUAUGUUCUCUUUUGAAGCAGGGCGGCGCUGCAGUUCAGGAGAAGGCCUCUUUACUUUCAAUACAACCCGGGCAGCAGAAAUCUGCACAACUGUCUCAGCAGCCAUAAACCACCAGAAAGCCAUUCUUCUGAUGGAUGGAGACAAGAAAGCUGGGCUUUCCUCAGUUCAAGAUCCUAAGCAGAAAGCAGGGUGCUGGUCCUGGCCUGCUGUUGUGGAGAACCUGGAGGAAAAGGAACCGCUGUAUGCGGGAAACCCUGUGGGACUUGCAGGCAGGGACCUCCCAGCUAGUGACAGCCUUUUCACUUCCCCAAAGGGAGGAGCUCCUGAAGCACCUAUCAUCUAUGCGUCCAUUGGCAAGAGCUUUUCACCCCUGUUCCAGGGCAAUACGGAAGCAGAGCCUAAGGAGCAAAAGGAACAUCUUUCUGACCAUCUUUACGAGAACCUGCGUGCUUUGGAGCAGCAGCGCAUCCUUUACUCUGAACCUCUUGGCUUUGGCUGCAGAGACUCCCCUGAGGGCAGUGGUGGCAGCAGCAACACUGAGUCCUCACCCAUUUACGAUAACAGCCCUGUGGCUGCCAGGCGCUCAAAUAACCAUCCCUGCCCCAGUCCUACCACAGGUAUUGACCCCUCCCCAGAGAGCCAGCAUCCCACUCAAACGUUGGGUUGCCAAGAGGCAGCCGAGGGGAGCGAGGGGAGCGGCAAGCCCAAAGCGAGAGGAGCAGGUGCUUUCAGACACAAGCUGGUCACCAUGCUGAGCAGAGAGGGGGGAGCCUCCAAGGCCACUAGCAAGAAUGAGAGUGCCAUGGGCAAGUCCUAGUUGACCUGUCCAGCUAUGAGAGACCAGUCCCAGGACUGAGACUUGUUCUCAGGGCUUGAGAAGGUUACCUUUUUUGGAUUAUAACUUUCAUAAUUUCCCAACCUGUGAGGCUAGGCUGGCUGGGGGGUUGUGAGAGCUGUCAUACUAAAAACUGAACUUUCCAAGGCUCUGGUUCCUUCCAUGAUUCUCCCCCUCCCACUCCUUGGCCGGUCUUUCUGACCUGAAGAUGCAGCUUUCCAAGCUAGAGGGUGGUAUCCUGAGAAGCAAGGAUAACUAGAAACUUCAUUGCAUCUGCUUUGGGUGUUUAGUGAUUGGGACAAGGAUUAUUUAACUUACCACAUUAGUGGACAUGAAGGAAACUGGAAAGCCAGGUGGAUAUGUAUGCUUUAGGGGUCUCUUCCCUUUUUGUCUCAUUAAAUGGCUUAUCUUACAUUGUCCCUUGUAGUCUUAGGUCAUCUCAACUCUGGUUUGCUUUAGUUUUUUCUCUGUCUCUCGCUCCUUUUUGCUUUUUAGGUGGUUAUACCUCCAGCGGUCCUGGACAAGGUCUUUUCUUCCAUAACAAUGCUAUAGUUUGAGAAAUGUAUGUUUUGGAUUGCAACGCUAGCCAGAUGUUAAAUAUGCUAGAUCAUUAUAAGUUCAGUGUACAAAGGGUCCCAUCCCAUCUUCCGCUAAGCCACAGAUUAUGAGGAUGUCCGAGAUCUUAGAGAAUGAUUGCUAGUUGAUACUUUUCUAAGUAGGCCAGUGGUCCAACCAUGUCUAAGGCAACUUAGAUUAGAUUUAGUGGAAAAUCAAUUUGGAUCCCUGACAAACCCAGAAUCCAGCACAAUGUUGUUUAUGCCCAAAGAACACAACAAUGUUUGCAACAAUCCAAGAUCUUUAGAUUACUCCACCAGGAAGGAUAUUACAAACAGCAGGUGUGUAGCUUGGCUAAGAGAAGAGGGGGAAUUCCUGACUUGAGACUGAAGUCAAGUGGAUUGCACUAUGCUCUGGGACAGACUGGAGGAGGGAGGGGCCUGCAAACAUUCAAACAGGUCUCCUUCACAAGCAUAGAUGGUUUUCACAGUGCAUGCUAGGAGGCAGAAAAGCAGAAAAAUCAGUUUUCAGUAUGUUAACUGUUUAUUCUUAAUUAAUUCCACUGAUGUUUAAUUCUAUUUUAAUGUUUGUACAUUUUUGGGUUUUUAAUUGUAUUGAAUUGGUUUUAUUGUAAGCUGCUUUGAGUCUCCUUUGUAGAGAGAAAAAGUGGGGUAUAAAUAAAAAUCACUUCGAAUAGUUUAAUAA